AUGCCUGGAAAUGAUGGAAAGGCAAACCCGGCCAACAGGGAAGAAGUCCGUAAUCCCGGCGGCAACGAUCAAGACAGUCCCAUCACUUUUGAUGCCGCCAAACACGGCGCCUCCGCUUCCGGGUCCGAACACACAAAUGUGUCAGACCACACUGCCGAGCCCGCCUCGGAGACCGGCGGGAACCAGAGCGGACCCUCGACGACUGAUGAAGCGACGGCGCAGGAGAAAGAUGCCUCUAUGAACGACAGAGACACUACAACUUUGCCACAACAGGCGCGCCCGGAUGAAGACGCGGAUGCCGGGCCGAGAAGCACCUUGGCUGUUGAUAUGGAAGACCCUAGGGCUUGGUUCCCCUCAGCUGUGCGGCCUGCGCUACCGGAGCUACCAGACGACACUGUAUCAUCUUCUCGACUGACCGGGGCGGAACUAGGGGGUUCUCAGAGGGCUGGGUGUUCGAACCCCAAGCUCCACGAAGGAGGACCGCGACCAGAGAAACCAACCGCUUCUUCCCCAGAAGACACCGCUUUCAUUCUCGGCGAAGAAUAUAAGGGCUCGAAAAACGUCUCCGACCUCAUCUACGACGCCGUUUCAGAGUCAAUCUUCGAGGCCAAGCCGAGGCCCCUUUCAUCCGUACCGCACGCCCCCGGUGCCGCGAUCGCGGAAUCUCAGCCCGACAUCACUGCCGCGCGGAGAGGAAUGAGUGCCUUCUCGAGGGGUUCCGUAGACAACAAGGCCACCGGCUCCGUGGACGACCGCGGCCUUCUGCCCUCGCUGAUGGCGAAGAGGUCGGCCUCACCCCUCUCUGCAUCCGGUCACUAUAAUCCGAGGGAGACGGGCCGGCAUGAGGGACGUGAGAGCUCUAGGUGGAAUAUCUCCGACGGUGAAUCGGAGGAGGGAGCCUUCUCCUCGAUGCUUGGCGCGGAUGUCCCAGCACCCCUGAGAAUCCCCGGACGAAGUCAGGCUACCGACAAGACGCAGAAAACCCAGGGAAACCGAGGACUCCCGAGCGAGAAUCCUUCGUCGGGCCAGGGCGAAGCCCAGCCAACCGUUAUCAUGCAUGCCCCGAUCCCAACCGGGCCGGUACAAUUCAGCGUCUGUGGAUCACCGGUCCACGCCCCGGAGCCCCUGGCGUCCAACCCGCCCCUAUAUCAAUCCCAAACCUCGUCACGAGGGACCAUAACUCCAACUCAAGACCGCUUCCGGGCUUACAAGCUCGAGCCGCCCCGCCACGGGCGCGGUUUUGACCACCGCCGCGCCCGCGCUCCGGACCCUGGCAUGCCUGCACGCACUCACCUCUUCGUCACGCCUCAGCCUCUCUCCAGCGCCGAGCACAGGCGCAUCAUCGAGGCGUACAACGUGGCCUUCGACGCCACCUCCGACGCCACAAAGACCCUCCUCUCGAAGCGGCACCGCUAUCCGGGCUACACUCGCGACGUUGCCGCAGAGCGCCGCAGGCUCGAGUUCGAAGCCGUGACGGGGGAGAGCAUGAACGACGAAGCCUACUACGCCCUCUUUGACCUCGAGACGUCCAACGACGGCAUGCUCUCGGCGCUGCUGGAGUGGAUGCAGGGCCGGACGUGGAUCAAGGUGCCCUUUGUGAACCGCAUCAUCCACCAGGUGUGCCGGCUCAUGUUCACGUCUGCGCAGGAGGAGGCGCGGCUGAGGCUCCGGUUCCAGCGGGACUGCGACCUGUUUCGUGACGAGGCCGACGGGGCGGACGAGAAAAUCACGCUGGAGAGGAUGCGGAACUCGUGGGAGCGUAUGGACACCGGGGUGAGGGCCCAGCACCUAUUCGCGAAGGCCAACGCGAGCGGCUUCCGGGACCCGGACAACGUGGAGCGCAACUGCGAUCGCGACGCCGAGCGCUGGAACCCCCUGUCCCACAGGUUCACCUACCUCCUGCAUGUCCGGGACGGCAUCGAAAACGCCAUCAGGAGCCGGGGCGGGGUCUUGGAUGAGGACUUGGACCAGCUCGAGCGGAUCUAUCGCGACAUCAAAGACAUCCACAAAGAGACCAGCAGAUACAUGACCAUCAGAAAGGAGAAGUCCAAGGACCCGGAGCUGUUCCGCAGCAACAACCGACGGGUGAUGGACUUUGCGAAGUUUCUGGACGAGGACGUCAACACCGAAGAGCGCGUACGCGAGGCUACCACGGCCAGGUUCCUGGAGGCCGCCGCCCAUCGAAUGCGGUUGCGCGGCCGGCACGACUUUGCGAUGGCGGAGGAUCUCCCCGAGCCGUCAAUUCCAGCGACCCUCUCGCCUGAGACGGUCAGCAGUCCGAGGAUGGGCACCGUGCCGCCGGGCAGCGCUCAAGCGGGAGGUCUUGGGGACAGCGGCCCUGCGUCGUCUCAAUCAUUUUACAAGAGCCCCACAAGCUCUGCCGCUGGCCCAUCUUCCCCUUCACAGGUUCCUGCUUACCCCCCUGCGGACCCUUAUCCUACUCAAGGGAGUCGGGCUGGCGCCGACUCGCGGCCAAACUUCAAAAACCCGUGGGAGGAGGUUCGGCUGAGGCCGAGGGAAUCGUGCACCCGUUGCCCGAUGCUGGAACGGGAGCUUGAGGCCAAGCAGAACCAAAUUGACGAGUGUCGCCGCGAGAAGCAGCUCCAGUCGGAUGAGGUGAACAGACUCGAGGGGAUUGUCAGAGCCAUCAACGACAAGGACAUGCAAGCAGCGUUCAAACACAUGGACGGCUAUCAAGACAUGGUCCGCGCAGAGCUGCGCGAAGCUCUGCAGUUCAUCGUAUCGAUGCUGGAUGUAGAGGGCCAGCGCGCCCACGACCAGACAAGCAUCCUUGAGGCGUCGCUCCGGUCCUGGCAGGCCGGCGGAUCGAAAGAAAACGUCGUGACCGAGAUCGAGCCGAUGGCCCGGUCCGUCAAGCGACUAGCCACCUCGAUACGUGACGCUGUGUCACAGAUCACCAACCAGCUUGAGAAAGUCGAUUCCGAGAAAGAAGUUCGCCUGCAGCUUCUUGAGAAGAACGAUAGCCAGAGGCGUUCGCUUGAGCGCCUGAGAAAGGAAAAAGAAGACAUGGAAGCGACCGCAACCGAGGCUGCAAAGACCAUUCAGCAGCAGAUGCAAGAAGAAAGUGACCGGCUCAAAGAACAGAUUCGGCAAUGCCAGAGCCAGCUCAAAGACCUGAGGAAAAAGCAUGAAGAGCGAGACACGGACGAUCCGCCGACAGCGGACAGCAGCAUACAGGACCUGAAAGACCAACUAAAGAGAAAGGAGGUAGAACUGAGCGAGCUAGAGGCGGAGAACAAGGCCUUGGAAGAGCAGUUGGCAACUACCAUGGCGAAAAUCGAAGCUCUCAGCGAAGCCAAGGAGCAAAGAGACGAGCAGGUCAAGAAUCUGGAGGAGCACCUCAGAGACCUCCAAAUCAAGCUCGACGCCAGGGCUGAAACUGCCAAGUGGUCAUGGUGGCCUCGCCGACACACCAGUGAUUCCAACUUUGAAAACCAGCAAGGCGAUAGAAUAUAUCAGCUGCGUAUAGAGUUGAUCAAGGAGCUUGGCAAGACCGACCUGAAGCCGUAUAAGAAAAUCAACACAGAGAGGAGAGAGUUGCUGCCGAGCCUGGCACGGAGCGUAUUAUGGCCCAGGAAACUAUCAGCGGCAAAACUGGAGCCUUACGAGGAUUCCACGGUCUUUUGGAGACUGGCAGCAUUCUCGAGGAGGAGAGGCGAAACGGUAGCAGCACUCGAGCGGAGGGAUUUAGCAGAAGCAUCCGAGAGGCUCGACAGUCUCCAGGCGUGGAACACGGAGAUGGGCUCCUGGAAGACUGAAGCCCAGUCGGUGGAGGUUCUUCGAAGCAUCAAUUUCCUCCGCUCGUACGCCAACCUAGAGAUUAGGAAGACUGAAGGGUUUGGCGCAUCUUCGUCGCAGAGGCUCGAAGCCGCCAGGAAGCUCUUCAACCAGACGACCUCCUCGGACGGCACAGGUGGCCAGAUGUCCUGGGAUUCCUUGAAGGAGUGCCUGGGUUAUCGAUUGGAUAGUCCUGAAGAGAAGCCAGUGUGCGAGUGCGAAUACAAGCAACGGAUUUGUGCGAAGCACAAGCAGCGUGGCGGAGCAAGGUAUCAUAACUUCGUGGAGGAGGAGGAGGAUGACGAUGCGCAAGAGGCCGAUAUAGAAUUGACGCAGGAGGCGUACAACUCACUUCAACGCCAUGCCCUGGCUUUGUAA